AUGCCUAUCGCUUACAGUACCAAAGCAGGGAGUAAAGAACCUCACAAAGCCUUGUGGGCGAGCGACUACGUUCUUCUGCUCAACGGAGGUCUCCUUUCGGAACUUGACAUCUACUACGGCUUCAAGGCGUACCUAUCGAAGGAUCUGGUUGAUCUCGGCCCAGAUCAGUAUAUUCGCCUCUUGCGAAGCUACCUGCCCCCGGACCACUCCCGAGACAUCCUCCGUGAAGCUGGUUCUAACGGGCCUCUUCUUGACCCGUUGAGCCUGAAGACUUUCAACUACCUCCGUGACUUCUCGGUCAUCACGGCAAGAUACAUGCAAAAGCUUGAUAACGGCAAGUCCAGUAUGAGUCAACCAACAUUGCAGAUCAACGGAGAAGAGCCUGCCCCAGGUGAUACUGGCAACAAUGACUCGGGAUCAAUAGCUUCGACGCGCAAGUCGCUGCACCAGAACAUCAUUGGCAAGCUCCGCCCUUUGCCGUUCCAGUACCAUUGGACAAUCUGGUAUGAUAAACAUACGGACUCCAGCAAUUACGAUAACAGGCUCUAUGUUCUGUAUGAAGACGUUGCAGACAUCGCAACAUUCUAUCGCGUCUAUAAUAAUUACCCCUGGGAUAAAAUCAGACUGCGGGAUACCGUUCACAUUUUCCGAAAAGGCGUGAAGCCUGUGUGGGAGGAUCCAGAGAACCUCAAGGGUGGAUGCUGGACGUUCCGUGUACCCAAAGCUAAGGCACAAGAGUUUUUCCAUGAGAUCGCUAUUCUGUGCAUGGCGAAUGAGUUUCAGGCUGCACUUGAGAAAGAGCAUGAUCACGUUCUGGGUGUCUCGACUUCAAUUCGUUUCAAUUCCCACCUGAUCUCUGUAUGGAACAAGCUUGGGUCCAACCAGCGCGCAAUCAAAGCAUUGGAAGAAACCAUUAUCGACCGGUUGUCACCAGAGUUGCGACCCGCAGGAGGCAAUUCAUAUUUCUACAAACGACACGAUGAGCACGACGGUUACCAGCAGGCAGUUGAAGCUUCCAAGAACCAGCCCGGGAAGAAGGUCGAGACUCAAGACGAAAAGAAGGAUGCUCAUGCAAGCAUUGCUGCGUAG